GAUUUACACAAGGAAGUGUUGCUCGCGCUGAAGUUGUAACGUCUACAGCUUCCUUAUGACAAUGGCGACUGUCACGACCGAUUCUUUGGUAUCGGUAAGAAUUAGAGGAGUACUGAUUGUUGUCAUUCUUCAUUUCGUAUUUAUACCACCGGUGACAGCUAUAUCAGAGCCGGGCAAAUGGAUCGUGAAUGUGGAUAACGUUAAUACAGUUAAAAAGAGCUACUUCUAUUUUCCAAAGACAAUGUUCAAUGGCACUGACAUUUCCAUAAUCUGGCACAAAGGAGACUGCAAUGGUGCUGUAAACUUUAGUAUAUCAUGGUAUUUGCGGAGUUCUUCUUGCCACGAUGAAGUGUUUGGACUUAAUGCUGAUUUGGAAAAACAAUAUUUUAACAGCACGAAUGUACUGUGGCCAGGAGGCAAUGGAUACUACAUUAGUCACAUCUAUGAGCCUAUAGAGUGCACAUCUCAUUUUGAUGGAAACAAGCUUGCUCUAGAAAACUCUGAUACGCCUAAAAAACUGGACCUAAUAAAUGAGUCAACAACAGAUAAACAAAACAGACGAAGGAGGGAUGUGAAGGAGGAAGUAAAGGCAAAAGAUGCUGCUGCAACAAACCCAUCGAGUGCUCCGAAAAGUAAAGACUCUUUAUCAGUAAAAACCUCAUCUAAAUCGCAAACCGCAGCGGUACAAACCUGGGAAGACAGCCCUUAUAUGUUCAUCAUCCAAAUUGAGGCGUUUCCAGCUACCAAAGAAACGACAUGGAAGUUCCAACUGGAGGUCAGGAUGCACGGCCCUUAUGACUACAUCUCAGCAUCUGAAUGGCCUUUGAUGAUUUUCUACAUGGUGAUGUGCAUCAUCUACGUAAUUAUGGGCGUGCUGUGGUUGGCUCUCUCGGCUUGUUACUGGAGAGACCUGCUGCGUAUUCAGUUUUGGAUUGGGGGAGUGAUCUUUCUGGGCAUGCUUGAGAAGGCGGUCUUCUAUGCAGAGUUCCAGAGCAUCCGUUACGAUGGCCAAUCAGUUCAAGGUGCAGUGGUGUUUGCGGAGGUCCUUUCGGCUGUGAAAAGAACCCUGGCUCGAGUGUUGGUCAUUAUUGCUAGCCUUGGAUAUGGCAUAGUCAAGCCAAGACUAGGAGCAUUGCUGCACAGGGUAGUGGGAGUAGGACUGCUCUACCUUAUCUUCUCCAUCAUAGAGGGCGUCCUGAGAGUCAACACGGAGCACGGUGGUUCAAGCAGGCUGCUUUGUGACAUUGUUAUGGCCCUCAUUGAUUCUUGUGUUGUGUGGUGGAUCUUCAUUAGCCUGGCCCAGACGAUGAAGCUCCUUCGGCUGAGGAGAAACUUGGUCAAGCUGUCCCUGUACCGACACUUCACCAACACACUCAUAUUCGCUAUCAUUGCAUCUGUUAUAUUCAUUGUGUGGACGACAAAGACCUUCAAGUUAACCAAGUGCCAAUCUGACUGGAGAGAGCUGUGGAUAGAUGAUGCCUUCUGGCGCUUCCUGUUCUCUAGUAUCCUGCUCGUCAUUAUUUUCUUAUGGAGGCCUUCAGCGAACAACCAGAGGUAUGCCUUCAGUCCACUGGUGGAUGAAGUUAGCGAGGAAGAGGAGGAGCAGCUAAUGAAUGAAGCCUUCGAGGGUGUGAAAAUGAGAGGGAUAAAACAAGAGACCAACGGAAGUGCAAAACUCAGCAAAGUGGAUGAAGAUCUCAAAUGGGUUGAGGAGAACAUUCCCUCAUCGAUGGCUGAUGUCGCACUGCCGCCUCUGCUAGACUCAGACGAGGAGAUCAUGACUACGAAAUUUGAGAUGUCCAAAAUGGAGUAAAUCCAUGAAGAUGUAUGCAUUUGUGUAUAUAAUGUGUAUGACAAUGCACAACUGCUUUAUCCUACAAUGAGCUUUUCAUAAGCAACGUCUGUAAAUAUGUGGGGCGUUGAGGGUAAUGCACUAAAGGACUUUUUGUUUUAUUUUUAAUUGCCUGUUUGUAUUUAUAUUUUCUCAGAUAAUAUGGUGUCAGAGUUUCUUAAAACAUAACUGUAAAUUGCCUUUGACUGUUGUUUACAUAUCUAAAGCACAGACUGUGAUUAAAAAACAUUAGUUUGUGCAUUGUGCUCUUUUACUAAGAGGCUUUUGCACCGCAAUCCUCUUAAUCACAUAAAGAUGGGAAAACAUGUCAGAUGAAAGCACUCUUUUCUGGUUUUCUUUAAUUCGUCAAUAUGCUUUCAUAGAUUAAGAGUACCUCUGUGACCUGCAGCUGGUAUUUUCAGUAAAAGUGGCCAUAAAGUGCCAUCUUACUGGCCUGUGGACCAUUUAAGCAGAUUGCCUUUCAGUGGAUUUAUCUAACGUGAGUUUUUAAUGCUCUGUCAUAGUUAAUAAAACCUCUGGCUUCAUGGGUAAAGUUAGAUGGUGAGGGAAAAUGAGGUUACAAGAUGUGUCGGUCUAAAACAAAGGGCAAAGGUUAUUUUUUUCCCCAAUUGAUCCAAGCUCAUCUCUCUUUUUGUAAAAUCUCUUUUCCACCCUUGAACCAGAUGCUCAUUGGAAAGUGAAGUAUUUUUAAUAGCAAAAAAAAAAAAACAGUAUAUAUAAAAAAGGUAUUAUCAUUGACCUGAUUUGACAACAUAUGCUAAGUCCACCCGAGUUGUGUUGUCAAUAGGUAUUGAUUUCAUUUUCAUCUCAAAGCCACAUUCAAAAGUCUGUCAUGCAGAGUGUCAGUUUCACCCGCUUGCCAAUACAGUCUCAAUAUCUCUGUCCUGUUUUGUCCCUGUUAAGUCAGCUCAUUAUCUGUUAAUACUUCCACAGUUCUUCAUUAACCCUUACCCUGUGUAAGCUAUAGGGAAAUGCUGCACCAAAACCUGUUGCUAGGCAUUCUGUUAAUCUGCAGUUAACGUGCUAAUAGCAUGAUCUUGGCCAAUUAGUGUAAAUAGUUGAUAACAUUAUGGUGCUCAAAGAUGCGACAGUCAUAAUCAUCUGAGCUUAAU